UAUUCGUAUGACUCAUUGGUUUAGCUCAGUGAUUUAAGGUCCUCGGGUUCAACAAACACAUUGUCUGCAGCGAGGACACGAUGUUUUCUUAUUUAUACUGCGUGCAUCUGUCAUCCUCACUUAGAAGUGCACUUUGUUUCAGACCGAACUGCAGUCGUCUCUCUAAAAUGUUUCCAUUAUUGCACAGCCAGAGGUCUUUGGCAGAAUGCGUCCGAACGGGUACGAAAGAUGAUCUUUAAACAGGAAACAAUCCGAGCCCCGGCAACGGUCGAUGUGACAUACUGCGGUCGUACGUCCAUGUGGGCCGUAUUUUCCUCCUUGCAAUUGCUCUUGUUAUUCCGCACAAGACGCAAAGAGCUAUAAUUUGGGUCCCGCUGCCUUUUUUCCGGAAUUCAGCCCUGCCCGCGCACACUGUUAUGCGCAACGUAUAAUUGUGCUCCGUGCCGUGUUUGCGGAUGUGUUUGACUGAAGGACGGGGGUGUUCCCUGACUGAGGUCAGAAUCUGCAGAGCAUUCUGCGCAGGUUCCAAAGUGAUGUGAUCAGCGAUGCCAUAAAGGAAUGAACCAGCUGUCAACGUUAUUACAUUCACCCUCAGUGGAGACUUCAGAUGCAGCUCGGCAGAUUGACUUAGACCUAAUGUGCAGCGAUGCUCGCUCUCUUUCUCUUACUCCUUCCCCUGGCGGCUUCCGUCCCACCUCCCUCCGGUGCCCCAACCAAAGUCUGCCGUCGCUGCUGUGACCACCUGGAGUCUGCAGAGGGCCCUCCUUCCCAGACCACCAUGUUAAACGAAAUGCCAGAGGUGCGCACCUACAUCAAUAUGACCAUCCUCAAAGGAGAGAAAGGAGACAGAGGAGACAGAGGGACACCAGGGAAAGCAGGGCUCGAGGGGCCACCAGGAUUGCGUGGUCCUCUGGGGCCUAAGGGAAGCAAAGGUCAAGCAGGUGUCCCUGGAGAUCCCUGCAAGAUGCAAUAUUCGACCUUCUCCGUGGGUCGCCGGAAGGCCCUGCACAGCAUGGACUACUACCAGGCGCUGGUCUUCGACACGGUCUUUGUGAACCUCGACGAGCACUUCAACAUGUUCAAGGGCAAGUUCUACUGCUACGUGCCAGGGAUCUACUUCUUCAACCUCAACAUCCACACCUGGAACUUCAAGGAGACCUACUUGCACCUGAUGCACAACGACCAAGCCAAGGUGAUUGUGUACGCACAGCCCAGCGACCGCAGCAUCAUGCAGAGCCAGAGCGUCAUGCUGGAGCUGGAGCAGAAUGACGAAGUGUGGGUUCGGCUCUACAAGCGCGAGAGGGAGAAUGCCAUUUACAGCGACGACGUGGACGUCUACAUCACGUUCAACGGUUAUCUGGUCAAGCCGAGCCAGUGAAGCAUGGGAAACAUCCCUUGAGGACAAAUCGUGAAAAUUCCUCGUGAAUUUUAUAAUCCAGCUUUAAAGGCCUCUCUUAAGUAGAUGCUGUGCAUAACCCAUCCUGAACAUAGAGUUAUAUUGGAGUUAGAGUGUCCAAAUAAUUAAUCUCAAGAAAAUUACCCUGAAACAGAGUGUUCUGGACUUGUUGACCGUGUUCCUGGUUUUUGGACAUUUAGGCACUGUUGCGUUGGACUAAUUUUGGAUCAGCUGCUUUGAGGAUUACUGGCUCAAGUUCAAAGAUUUUCUUUAGCUGGAAAUAACCACCCCCUACGGAUACAUCCUGCUGGAGCGGUUCAUCUAAUGUCCAUUAGCUCAUGAGUCUAAAGGCUAUAGUGGAUUGUACUGGUAAAUUUGGAACUUUGCGUCUUUUUACCUGUCAUUUUUUUUUUUUUAAGUUCGUCCCUACUGGCAGAGACUGUGGGUGGAUAAAAUUUCAGAUGGAGGUUAGACAGUGUGGACUGGAUCCUCAGGAAGUAAAUAGGUACAUUUUAUCCUGCACUGUUAUCACAAGACAUUACAGUAUGAGCUGCAGGAUCUGCCAUUCUUCUAUUUGACCUUUAAGUAUAUUUUAAAAAAGGCCCUAAUGUAGCGUGUCCCUUAGUAACGCUCUGUACUAACGGAGGCGUGUUGAGAUCUAAACCGCACCGAAGCAGAGCUCUGCCUCUGCAUCACUGCGAGGGCCGUGCUUCCUAACAAAGCUGCCAGGAUCACUGUGAUCCAGCACAGGUCUGACCUGGCAUUGUGCCCCUGUGAACACUGAAGCCUUGAGUGCAUGAUGUAAUCCUCAUGAUUUUCUUUAUUGAGACCGUCUGUGCGUUCUAAGGUCACGUUUGCGCCGCUGAAGUUUGAUCCUCCGCCGACUCUGCAGUAUGCUGCAUCAGCCUCCAACAGUCAACUUAAAGUCCUUUUUAUUCUCAGUCAGUUAUAAAAGCAGCAAUAGAUAUCGUACGGUUAUAAUUAUCACCAGUGCUGUCAUUAACAGGCCAAGUGAAGUAUAACAAUAAGUGCUCCAGGAUGGAUGGAUGGAUGGAUGGAUGUUCUCCAUAGAGUGCAUCCAUCCAUCCGUCCAUCCAUCC